UAAAACGUCUCAUUGCGGCUUUGCUAUAAAAAUUGAGCCAAAAUGAGGGCUAAGAAUCCAAUAGCUAAAAAGCCACAACAAAUAUUAUUUUCCAAGAAUAUAUAUGGACCUAAAACAAAAGUAGAAAACUGGGACUUCGCUAUACAUGCAGAAACAAAAGAUAAUUAUGUUUAUCGCGACCAGCUGAGUAACCAAGUCAGCACUUACAACCGUUGGGGGACUGAAGACCAGGGUACGGGUAUGACUGAAACCCGCCAUAUGCUAGCCCAGAUAUUCACCAAGACUGAUCCGAUAUAUUCGUUCAAGCCACUGGUUAAUUUCACAUCUUAUCCAUGCACGGACACUCCAGGAAGAAAUAAAUUAAUGAAGAAUGCUGAUUUAGCUCAACUUCCAGCAGAUUUUGGAGUUAUGGAUUACCUUUCUACCCAUCAAGAUGAUUAUAGGAACCCAUACCCAUCUGUUACUAAACCGCUAACUAUGUCGUCACCGCCGUGGCUUCUUAAUCGUAUUAUUCGUUCGGAUCUCACACAUAACCACGGCACUGCACCACCGCGAGGCGACUACCAGUGCCUUGAUACUCACACGCCCAUCGGACACAUUCGUCAAAUGAGACUAUUCCGCUGUCAGUCCUUUGAUCCCGCAACUUGCCUUCAGAGCUUCCCAGCAUUAACGAAAUCGUUAGCUGGUAAUGAUACUCAAAAUUAGUUAUCAUAUCAUUUUAUUAUAAUCAAUUCAUACAAAAGAAACUAAAAUUAAAUAAAACACAAACAACAAUAAAAACAUAUCAGCCGUCAGCCGAACUAAGUUUAUUUCGAUCUUCAAAGUUAGUCAUUGUAAACCUAUCUGCUUCUAAACAUACCAAAGGUAUACCCCAAAAUAAAUAGACAUUUAGGUACAACAUAUUAUGCUUGACCACAAUUUUCAUGGACAAAUCUGAAGACAUUAUUAUUAUCAGCCACAGGACUGAAUUCAACACGCACUUGACGUUUUCUAGUUUAACGUUUAAAUAUCAUGAAUUCCUUGGUGAGUCAAUCGGUUAUGAUUUUCGCUAAUAUUUU